UGUGCUGUCACACGAGCGAGGCGACUGCGCGCGCAUUAGAGUUUCCGCGCGCUCAUCGCUCGUUCCGCUAACGGAUUUUCUCCAUAGCAAGUCACCAUGGUAGGUGUGAUAAGAAUUAUGGCGCUUCUGUUGGCAGUUAUAGCAGGUGAGCUACUUAGCAAUGACUCGGCGUGUUUUUGUACGCUACGUGUUUACACAGUUAGUGCUGCAGCAGAGUGUCCUUAUGGCGCAAGUCCUCCAGUGGCAACCAUUGGACAGGAGAUGGUCAUCAAGUGCAACUUAUUGCUAUGCUUUAAGAGUGUCUAUGAGUGGUGUAAGGUUAAUGGGGCUGAGUGUAUUAAAGUUCAAGAUGAGACAAGUGAUGAACUAGUUGUGUCUGAAAAUGUUUCAUCAGCGACAGAGGUUGGAGGUCAACAAUAUGAAUGUCAUUGCUCCGGUAGCUCCAGUAACUGUAAAAAGUACAAGAUUGCAGUUGAACCAAGCGUCAAAUUAUCACUCAGCCCAAAAGUGGUAAGGGUAGGAAGCAGUGUUGAUGUCAUAUGCAGAGCAGAGAGUUAUCCACCAGCAAACAAUGAAGACAACUAUCAAAUCAGACAUCCACACAACAAAAAUAUAAGUCACAUGCUCCUUGAAGAUGGAAGUGGUGUUGUGCAUCAAAUCCAAGCCGCUAAUAAGAAGGAAGACACUGGUGAGUAUGAGUGCACUGUGACCCUGACACUAAGUGAUUAUGGAGAACGGAUUCAGAGUGAACUCUACAAAGCCAAUCUCAUAGUCUAUGAUCCACCUACUAUUGUUGGAGUUAGAAACUUCACUCUUACAAGUCUUGACCAACAGUCAGCUGUCCUUGAGUGUGUUGUCAGGAACACGCUCCUAGAGGUGUGGAUUAAUUGGACUCUGAGCACCAGAGUACCAAUCACAGCUGAACACACCACCUCUCAAAACGGUGACACUUUUUACUUGCUUCUUUAUAGUGCGACUCCCGGAGAGUACACAUGUAAUCUGUUUUCCACUUACUCUCUUGGAGAGCCAGACAACACUGCAACUGCUUCAGUUAAGAACGGGUCAGGCACAUUUUGUGACUGUAGAAAUAUGGAACCAGCUAAAGAUGCUGCGAUAAUUUCUGCAAUUCUUUCUAUUGCCAUCAUUGGGCUUCUGGUUAUAAUAAUAUCAUUAUUCAUUGUUGUAAAAGUAGUAAAAAAGCGUGGAAGAUCUUUACAAACACUUGCAAUGGAACCUAAUGAGGUGCAUGGUGAAAGAUACGUUGAUCUAACAGAAUUUGGAGCUACCUCCAAAAACUUUGCUGAAAACAAAGGUUUUGACAAUAACGACUUCAAAGGAGAUGACCGAAAAGAGGAGCAUGUUGAGAACACAGGAACACCCACACCCAGGGAGGACACACUGGCGAGCAUGGAGUUGAAUGUCGACCCUCGCACAGAACCAUCACCACCAGUUUCACCAGUAACAGUUGAACCAGAGGUGGAAAAGAGCGACUUUGACGGUGAAUAUUAUGACGAGAACAUUGAUGUAUUUCCUCCAGCCAGUCCUGGUAAUUCAGGAGAACCACCUGUAUUACCAAUACCUCGUAAUCGUGCCGACCGUCCAAGAAGUGCAUCAAGACGUUUGUCUGGUACAGAUUAUCACGAGCUACCUGAAGAAACAUUUGAUGAGAAAACUGCUCCUGCCCAGCCAUCUCGCCCAGGGAGUGCUUCAAAAUCUGGAAGACGCCGCUCUUUGUCAUUAAGGUCUUCUGUCUCACUAGAUCCAAUAGAAACUGAAUCUCUACUUAGUGAAGAUGCAGCUUUUCAGCCUAAGAGGCUAUCAUAGACUAUAAAUAUCAAAGGACUGAUGUUAAAAGCUAACUCGACUAGUAGUCACGUAGUGUACCUGUGAUGCAGAGUAUAUGGACAUAUUUUUCACAGUGUUUUCGUCUCCUUUAAUAAUAAAUGCCACACAAGUAUAUCAUCAAAUUCCACUGCCA